AUGAGCGAAAAAUACACGAGCCUCAGUGGCAACCGAGACAAGACCCAAAGCGACAGCGAUUCAGAGCUAGAGUACGGCAUUCUCAUAGGCUUUUUGCCUUUGCUGCAAGACUACUUCACAUCCAACUACAGUGGCGAGCGUCUCAUGAUUGUUUUGUACAUUUUGUCCGGAAAAAGCAAUCGAGAUGCUCUAGAACGCUCUCAGCACGGUCCUGAGGGAUCACAAAAACCACAAACGAAGGAGGAGCUCAGCGAAGAGGAAGACGACACCAGCCGGUCCCUCCCUGAAGAGCCGAACGACAAGGCAAUGGAAAAUCUGAGCGACGUGAUAGCGUCCAAAAAGUGGUGUGACUACUUAGUACUUCUUGCAGAGCGACAUGGGGAGAAGGUUGUAAAGCGGCGCGGAAAUGGACCAAAUCAGCAGUAA